CUGGUUUCUAUUAUUCAUAUUAAUAUUAGUAAUUAAACCAGUGACGAUCUGCGCUUUGACCUAACUACCUGCAUUUUUAAGACAGCUAUAUUCACUAUUAUAAAUAUAGAUACACAAAUAAUUAUGGUAACAUUUGAAAAUUAUUUACAAGUAGUAAAUCAUAAAAACUGGAAAGCAAAACUUUAUUCAAUUACUUUAGCUAUAUUUGUACUCAUAUUUUAUUGUUUGAAGUCAAAUACUCGAAUUUCACACGAAUCGGAUAUUAAACAUGUCACGCGCGUUUUAUUAUCAAUCAACAAAACGAAAAAUCAAAAGGAAAAAUCAUUUUUUGAAGAGAUUUUCAUUUUCGAGGAACGCUUUUAUACCAUAUUGUGUACUUCCGUUGUUGCUUUGUACUUAUUUUUAUUUUUAGGGGUAGUAUGCAAUCGUUAUUUGGUGCCAAGCAUUCAUAUAAUUUCUCACAGGAUGAAGUUGAGUCAGGAUGUUGCGGGAGCGUCUGUAAUGGCUGCAGCAGUGGCAUGUCCCGAACUAUUCGUCAAUAUACUAGCUACGUUCUUUACAGAAGGCGAUGUCGGAAUCGGCACUGUUGUCGGCACUGGCUUAUUUAAUAUACUCUUAGUUCCUGGACUUUGUGUACUUAUGGCUGAUCAAGAGUUCAUACACUUGGAAAAUUGGCCGAUCACACGUGAUGUAUCUAUGUAUCUUUUAACUAUAUCAUUAUUAGUUUGGUCAUUGGCUGAUAACAAGGUUUAUGCUUACGAAGCGCUCAUAUUAAUUAUAGUUUACAUGAUAUACUUAUUAAUUCUCUCUUAUAGCUCAUAUUUUGAAAAAAUAUUUAAAUAUAUUUCUCAACAAAAGAACAAAGUUUUUGACGAUUGCAGUGAAAGUCAGCCGAUACUUCCUCUAAAUGGAGUUGCAGAAAAUGGAUUUAUAGUGCAGGAGCAUAUUAUUUUACCCAAAUGGAAGGACAGAAUACGUGAUAAACUAUUAAAUUUCAAAGAAUUAUUAGUAUGGCCUAUAGUCCUAAUUUUAAAAGUGACUGUUCCUAGUUGUGAUAGUCUAGAUAGAGUUUUUUGGAUACCUAUAACCAUGUUUAUGUGUAUAUUUUGGAUUGGAUGUGGAUCAUUUUUCAUUGUGGAAUUGAUUACAAUUAUAGGAAAUGAAUUCUCAAUUCCUGAUUCAGUUAUGGGCAUUACGCUAUUAGCAAUUGGUAUGAGUGUACCCGAAAUGGUGUCUAGUAUAGCAGUUGCAAGACAAGGACAAGGUACUAUGGCUUUAUGUACCGCACUAAGUUCAUCGACAUUUGAUGUUUUAAUUUGUUUGGGUGUUCCGUGGUUUAUAAAAGCUAUGUGGUUCAAUAAGGAUAACACGAGCGCAUCCAUAAAUGUUCACUCGAGAAGUCUUGACGACAGCGCGAUAGCUGUAAUGUUAAGUACAAUUGGUUUUAUGAUAUUGAUGUGCGCCAAAACAUUUGUAUUAACUAAAAAAUUAGGUGGAUUUCUUGUUUUCAUAUGGUUAUUCAUUUGUUCAGCCAUGGUGUACAAUGAAUAUGCAACGCACUGAGAACAAUUCGAGUAGCUUAAUUGCUCAAUCAUCUUGAGUGAGUUGAUGAACGAUGGCAUGUAAAUGGUUGAUGUCAUCGUUGAAACGAACUGCGGAUUAUUGAUUUUGUUUUUGAAGACUGAAAUAUCAGUACCUAUCUUUGAAUAUAUGUUAGAAAGGCAAACCUGUGUUAUCUUGUAAAAAUAUUUAAGACAAUUUUGAUGUCUGGUAUAAAUAAGUACCUAUAGUAUAAUAAGAUCGUGUAUGUUAUUAAAUAAUAUAUUAUAAUAAUAAUUAUGUGCUGUGAUUAUACGAGGCAUAUUCAGAAAGUAAGUGUACUGAGGCUCUCACGACCGCAGGGAAUACUUUUUUACUAUGUUUGCUACACUGCUGUAUAGCUUUACUCCUCUUCUUUAUAACAAGACCAUAAUAAGUUCAGUAGUUCACUACGUUGAAAACUGUGGUCACAAGAAUUUUUCUCGUUAAAAAUGUCGACCGAGUCUGCUGCCACCUGCUUUGUCCAUUUCUCGACCGCCCCUUCACCUCCUCGUCAGUAGAAAAUGUUUUUCCACCUAUGUGCUUCUUCAGGAAAGUGAACAAAUGGUAAUCUGAAGGCGUCAGGUCGGGGAAUACGGAAUACGGUUCAAAACAUCCCAUCCAAAUGAGCCCAAAAAUUGCUUCACGACAUUUGGCUGUGUGGAGUCUGGCGUUAUCGUGUAGCAGGCAGACUCCUCUUGUUAACAGACCCCUCCUUUUAUUUUGAAUGGCUCUCCUCAAUUUUUUUAGGGUUUCACAAUACCUUGCUGCUUUGAUGGUCUCCCCCUGAGGUAAAUAUUUAAUCAAUAUGAUGUCUUUGUGGUCCCAAAACACUAAUGCCAUAAUUUUUUUGACUGAAAUGAUGGUUUUGAAUUUUUUGGUUGAGGGUGAACUAUGGUGUGCAACCCAAGUUUCAUCUCCAUUAACAAUUGACUUGAGAAAAUUAUCACCCUCCAGUUUAUAGCGUUCCAAAGAGGUAAUGAAUGACGGCGUGGAUUUCGCACUUGGCGGCAGACUCGAUCGACAUGUUUCACGAGAAAAUUUUUUGUGAUCACAGUUCUCAACGUACUGAACUUGUUAUGGUCUUGUUAUAAAGAAGAAGAGUAAAGCUAUACAGCAGAGUAGCGAAAAUAGUAAAAAAAAAUAUUCCCUGCGGUCGUGAGAGCCUCAGUAUACUUACUUUUUGAAUAUGCCUCGUAUUAUAGAUAUUUUUGUUAGUUAAUACUAUUGAAAGAAACUUCGAUUAAAUAUAACGGCUAUAUUAUAAAUUAAAAUGUAUUAUGCACCUAGGUUCAUAUUAUAUAUUACAU